GGAGUUCUCCCUGUUUCUCUCCGUCUCUCUCUCAUCUCUAAUGGCGACAGCGCUUCGGUGCCCGCAAGCAGCGGUACGGCUUCCGUGGGGGGCGAGAAGGCCCAACGGCGGAAGAGGCCCCCGCCACUGCCAGGUGCCGAACAUCCGGGCGUUCCAGCGUAGCGACAUCGGAAGCUUCGCGAAGGACGCGUGGCGGAGCGCCAACGACGGAUUCGAGCGGUUCCUUUUCGAGGCUAAGAAGACCGCCGAACGCCUCGACCGCCAGUACGCCCUCUCCCGCCGCUUCGACACAAUCGCUCGCUCAGCCGCAACUCGCGCUAAAGAAAUCGAUAGGGAACUCGAGAUUGGCACGCGCUGGCGCGCUUUCAGCAUGGAUUUCAACAGAAAUUGGCCUAGGUACAGGAAGCAGCUUUCUGAUUCCUUGGAGACCCCGUUGGGAAGAAGCUUUGCGACCAUUUUCUUCCUGUGGUUUGCAUUAUCCGGAUGGCUUUUUCGGAUAUUGUUUUUCGCUACGUGGGUGCUUCCAUUUGCUGCUCCUCUCCUCAUAGGAGCUGCCAACAACCUUGUUAUUAAGGGCGAUUGUCCGGCUUGUAAGAGGCAAUUUGUUGGUUACAAGAACCAAGUAAUCCGUUGUGGAAGCUGUGGAAACACCGUGUGGCAGCCAAAAUCAGACUUCUCUUCAAGAGACGGUAGAGGAGGCCCUUCUUCAAAGUCAGAGCCGGAGAUUAUUGAUGUUGAAUUUGAGGAGAAAUGAAGAGAAACUCGAGAUGUGGGGGAUGAUCGCGUAUGGUAGAACUUUAGAUUACAUACAUAGAGUAAUGAGAAAAGCGUCAGAGUUUUUACUUUCCAUUUAUUUCGAUAUAAAGUCUUGUUCUUUGCUUUCGUGUGUGUGUGUGUGUGUGUAAAUUGUGCCUCAUGUGUUUUUGAAUGUCUUGUAAGAACUGUGCAUUCGUGCCAAUGUAUACAUCUUUUUCUCUA